CGGGACGGCACUGCACUCGGUCAGUCCGCGAAUAAAAAAAUGUCGGUUUACGAUGGUGUCAGGUACGAAUAAACCGCACAGUUUUAUAUUAAAAUUUGAUUAAUAUUACUAAUUUUCAUAAAAUAAAGUAUGUGUAUAUUUUUACUGCUAACGCUGCUUCAUUCAAUUAUACAGUUUAAAGUUUAAAACAUUGGUAAUUACCUAUAACUAUGUGGUGCGCCUGAUACAAUUUUGUUCGUUAACCGUCAAAACAUGACGCAGAAAAAGAUAUUGUGAAGAGUAAACUCGGUCUUCCUGACAAUAAAUUACAACAGGAAGUUCUUAAAAUGUGUAACAAACCUGAAUUGAUCCGAUUAGAUCAAGAAUUCGCCACACGGUUGCAGAAUGAACACCCGGAGCAGUUUAUUACGCUAGUCAGAAUGCACUUAUCGUUCGAGCUGGAUUUGAACACCGAUACCGAAAACGAUCCUGCAAGUUCGGAUAAAGGUAAAAUUAAGAAGUGGAAAGGAUUUCAUAAGAAGGCUCGAGGCUGUGCAUCUACCAAAACAAAUUCGCCGGAAACGGCCAAGACCGUUCUGACCAAACAAAACAUUCGAGACGUUAUGCAGCUCAUCGAUUUUCUCGUGCAGGAAAAAAAUAUAUCGCAGGAAGGUAUCUUUAGGAAAACGGGCUCCCUGCAGCGACAAAGUGAACUAAAGAAUGCUCUUAUCCAUAAAGUUUCCAUCAAUUUAGAAAACGGUGACUUCACUGCUCAUGAUUGUGCUAGCGUUUUGAAAAAUUUCUUGGCUGAUCUCUCUGAACCCCUUUUGACUGAGCACUACUAUCCGGCGUAUUGCCAAGUAGCGGAACUUUGCCAUUCGAAAAAUUCGGUAGUCUUCCGGGAAGAGCGCCUUCUACAUGCUAUACAACUUUUGGUGCUCUUGCUUCCUAAGGAGAACAACAAACUAUUAGAGUGCAUAAUAGACAUGCUGUAUAAAACCGUGGAACACGAAAGCACCAAUAAAAUGUCGGCCGAUAAUUUAGCCACCGUUUUCACGCCUCAUCUGAUAUGCCCCCGAAAACUAUCGCCGGAAGCAUUGCAUGCCACAACCCAACAAAUGUUCAGCAUUAUAAGCUUCAUGAUAACCACUGGACCACGACUAUUCCACAUUCCACCCAAACUAGCAACAGACAUUCGCGCUUACUUCGUUGAACGAAAGCGUCGUAAAACUAUGUCCCCGGAGCAUAUACUGAACGAAUCGGUAACGUCGGAUUCCGUAGCGAACACCGUUUACACUUUUGUUGAUCGCGAGAAAACGGCAGAAGCUCAUGUAAUGAAUUCAACGGACACCGCUCUGGCUCAGCUGUAUGCCCACAUUCAGAGUCUUCCGGAAUCUUCGAAAAAGAAAAAACUUAUAAAACAGUUCAAUCGGGAAAAUGGACAUGGCACACCGUUACAAGUGUUGAUGCUGAGGGAAAAAACUUCCGGCGGUUCGAGUAACAAAAUGGUGAAGUCUUUUGGCGACUCUAUCAAGCGGCAUAUUUUCCACAAACAUCCGGUUGCAAAAACACCUAAACGGAAUAGUCAUACCCCCGUUAGAUUACAGACCCCGAAUGGAUCAGUUCCGCAUGUGCCCAAGCAACGAGUCUUGUUUCAAAGUCCACUGCCAACAGCAGCUGAUUCGCCAGGCCGAUUAGGGAAACGUUCUUCAUCGACGUCAACUUCGUCAUCAUCGUCUUCAGAGAGUGUCGGGUCAAGUACAUGCACGCCACAUUCUAUAGUCAAACGAAGUAAUAGUUCUACAUCCAGCACAUCUACGGGAUCCUAUCGACGUCCGGCCACAGGGCCUACAGUUCUGCUUAAAUCAAUUGAAAUUGAAGGCGCGAAUUCUGACGCCAAAAGAUGUAGAUUGAACUCGGACGAACAGCCUUCGCCGCCAGAAGACGAUGAGGACUUCGUUGAACAGGAAGGUGACGAUAUUGGGGACGACGAUGACGACAGUCAUGAAUUUCGCGCCGAAGGCCGAACUCUCAGUGAUAAUGAAGAAGAUCGAUACUCCUCACCGAGUGCCUGUUUGAGUGAUAGUCGUUCAAAAUAUAAGUCGGAACCCAAUUUGAGUAGUAUUGUCCAGGAAGAAUGUAGAAAUCGAGGAAUUAAGGAGAAAAAGAUGUCUUCUUUGAAAAAUAAAUUAAUAAAAGGUGUGUCGAUGGGAAGCCUCCGAUUGCCUUUCGGUCACGAUCAGAGAUCCGGCAAGAAAUACUCAUCGACGUCUUUGCUCAAAUGCUGCUUCGAGGAUAACAUCAAAAGUGCGAGAAAAUCGAUAGAAAUCGUCGAGGAUUGUCGGCUUAUCGGAAUUUCUCCGCUUCGCUGUAAAGCGAAAUCAGAUGCCAAUGAAGACCAUGAACAGAACGACAUGGUCAACGAAAACAAUUUGAACCUUGAAGUCAACGCGUGGAAUGUCGGAUAUCUGACGAGCACACCGGCACUUAGCGGCAGGAACUCGAUGUCGCCGAUUACGAAGUCGACUCAACGGAUGCCAAAAUCGAUGCAGGAAUCGAUCAUGACACCACGUUCCCGCAAACCGGUGAUGCUACUUGCAGGACUGAAUACCGCUGAUCCACAGCAUACAACCUACACAAGUCAAUCGAGUUUCUCUAGCUUGCGAGAGGAAGAUGAGGAUGACGCAGUAGAAGAAAUGCCUGCUAAGUCAUUUUUGAAAUCCGAUAGUACUGCUCUAGAUGGGGGCAUUCGAUGCGGCACGACUAUCAGCGAGAUGUCGACCGCUGAAUGUGCCACCGGUUUGAUAGGACAAGGUACGGAUGAAGAAGGAAGCUCUCUGACAAGUACAUUCAGGGACUACCUUUUGAGUCGUAGCGUUAUGACUGAUAGUCCGGCGGAUUUGUCAUUUUCAAGCCAGUCAGACGAUUUCGAGUCUGAUGGUGAUCUUGAAGAUUUCAGCGAAUCAAAAAUGAGCGAAAGUCUGUUAUUUUGUAUGAAUGGAAAUAAGCCCGAGGAGGAUGAUGAUGACACGCUUAUCGAUAAUCCGGAAGGUCGAAGUGAAUACGACAAUAUGGAUGGUAGCCAUUCAUUAAAAGAUAGUGAACUGCCAAGCAAAUCUGAAUUAGACGAAACGUCCCUGUAAUGCGAAAUUGUUAUCAGAAAGGACAAAUGCUUUAGGCAUUUUUUAUUUUUUUCAGCAGGUAUUCGAAUAUAAAUUGCCUUAUUAUUACUAACCACA